GCGUGGCAUUCAAAAGCCCCUGAGUGUCCCUUUGCUCCUCCUUCCGCGCUGAACUUUCUCAAGACAGGAAGAAAAGAAGCACAAAUCACCAUUACGUGACCGAGCACCAACAUGUCUGACAACUGGGACCGAGACAACAACGGCGACUACGACGAGAACUUCGCUCGCAAUGCAGGCUAUGCCGCGGGCGCCGUCGAGGGCGAAUACAACCGCGCAGACCAAGCCUACGACCGCGAACGGGACGACGUCCGUCGCGAUGAGCAAAACGUAGAAAACGACUUCCAGCAGGGCGAGCAAAACUUCGAGAACCGCGUGCGUCGCGACGAGCAGGCUGUUGAGGACGCACCUGAGAACGCGGCACGCUGGGCUGAGCAGGGCGUCGACAACACGGUUCAAGGGAUUGAGGAUAUCCCUUCUGAUAUUGGGAGUGGGAUCAACAAGGUGGCUGGAUGGAUCGGGGAUAAGAUUGGGGGUGUGGAAAGGGCAGGGAGGGAUGCGGAACAGGAUGUUGAUCGGUUUGGACAGGGAGUUGAGAAUGACUAUAACCAGGGAAGGCAGGAUGUGGAUAGGUUCGAUCAGGGAGUCGAGAACUCCUACGAUCAGGGUGAGAAUGAAGGGAGGCGAGAUGGUUGGUAGCAUGUACAGUCUUGUCUGUAUGACUUUAGCUCAGGAAUCUACUCCACAAUAACGACAAAGAAGUAUCCUACG